CUCCGCCGCGCAUUUCCCAAAACGCCCCUCCCCACCCCGACCCGACCCGACCCGACCGGACAAUGCACGCCACCUCAGCAUUCGCAGCGUCAUCAGCCUAUAAAAUAUAUCUGCCUUCGCGCUCACGUCGCUCGUGCCUCCUCCCCCCGUUUCUCUCUGCUCCCUCCGUACAGCGGAGAUUCCACCAUCGCCAUCAUCAUCAUCGCCACCUUAAAAGAAGAGGCACUCGAUUGGAGAGAGGGUGGCGUAGGGAUACCGGCGGCGGGGAGAGGAGAGGAUUCGGGGACAUGCCUUGCUCUUCGAUCAGCGCGGCGACCGGCGGUGGUAGCGACAAUGGCUCGCUCCGCAAUUUCAAGCUGAACGAGUCCACGUUCCUGGCUUCCCUCAUGCCGAAGAAGGAGAUCGGCGCCGAUCGCUUCGUCGAGGAUCACCCGGAGUACGACGGCCGCGGCGUCGUCAUCGCUAUCUUCGAUACGGGUGUUGACCCAGCUGCAGCUGGAUUACAAGUCACUUCAGAUGGGAAGCCUAAAAUCCUAGAUGUUCUUGAUUGCACUGGGAGUGGUGAUAUUGAUACCUCAAAUGUGGUUAAGGCGGAUGCAAAUGGGUCCAUACGUGGAGCUUCAGGGGCUUCUCUCACCAUAAAUACAUCCUGGAAAAACCCUUCUGGUGAUUGGCAUGUGGGUUGUAAGUUAGUCUAUGAGCUAUUUACGAACACUUUGACAUCUCGUUUGAAGAAAGAAAGGAAAAAGAAGUGGGAUGAGAGAAACCAGGAAGCAAUUGCCAAUGCUGUGAAGAUCGUUGAUGAAUUUGAUCAGAAACAUGCCAAAGUUGAGGAUACAGAUUUGAAGAAGACAAGAGAAGAUCUGCAAAAUAGAGUUGAUCUUUUACGAAAACAAGCUGAUAACUAUGAUGAUAGGGGCCCCAUUAUAGACGCUGUAGUAUGGCAUGAUGGAGAAGUUUGGAGGGUCGCUCUUGAUACCCAGAGUCUUGAAGAUGACCCAAAUUGUGGGAAACUUGCUGAGUUCGAACCCCUUACUAACUAUAGGAUAGAGCGCAAAUUUGGAAUAUUUAGCAAGCUAGAUGCCUGUACAUUUGUUGUCAAUGUGUAUGAUGAUGGGAAUAUAUUAAGUAUCGUAACCGACAGUUCCCCUCAUGGUACUCAUGUUGCUGGUAUAGCUACUGCUUUCCAUCCAGAGGAGCCCUUGUUGAAUGGGGUUGCACCUGGAGCUCAGUUGAUCUCUUGUAAAAUUGGAGAUACACGAUUAGUUUCAAUGGAGACUGGAACCGGUCUCAUUCGAGCACUAAUAGCUGCUGUUGAGCAUAAAUGUGAUCUGAUCAACAUGAGUUUUGGAGAACCAACAAUGCUGCCUGAUUAUGGACGCUUUGUUGACCUUGCGAAUGAAGUAAUCAAUAAGCAUCGCCUAGUAUUUAUCAGUAGUGCUGGCAAUAGUGGGCCAGCAUUGAGUACUGUGGGAGCACCUGGAGGUACCACUUCGAGCAUCAUUGGAGUCGGGGCAUAUGUAUCUCCUGCAAUGGCUGCUGGUGCCCAUGCUGUAGUUGAACCUCCCAGCGAAGGACUCGAGUAUACUUGGUCUAGCAGGGGACCGACAGCUGAUGGUGAUCUUGGUGUAUGUAUAAGUGCCCCUGGUGCGGCUAUUGCACCAGUGCCUACUUGGACUCUUCAACGUCGUAUGCUGAUGAAUGGAACAUCAAUGGCAUCUCCAUCAGCUUGUGGGGGGGUUGCAUUACUCAUCAGCGCUAUGAAGGCUGAAGGCAUUCCUGUGAGUCCAUAUACUGUACGGAAGGCCCUUGAGAAUACAUGCCUUCCUAUAGGUAGCCUUCCAGAAGAUAAACUAACCACUGGACAGGGGCUCAUGCAAGUUGACAAGGCUUACGAGUACAUAAAGCUAUCUCAGAACAUUCCAUGUGUUUGGUAUCAAGUGAAAAUUAGUCAAUCUGGAAAAUCAACUCCUACUUCACGAGGCAUUUAUCUUAGGGAGGCUAGCUAUUGCACACGAUCUACUGAGUGGACCGUGCAAAUUGAGCCAAAUUUUCAUGAAGAUGCGAACAAUCUAGAAGACCUGGUUCCCUUUGAGGAGUGUAUUGAGUUACACUCCACAGAUAAGGCUGUUGUAAGGGCUCCGGAGUAUCUAUUGCUUACUCACAACGGCCGUAGCUUCAACAUUGUUGUGGAUCCCAGCAAUCUUUCUAGUGGACUUCAUUAUUAUGAAGUGUAUGGGGUUGAUUGCAAAUCGCCAUGGCGUGGUCCUCUUUUCAGAAUACCAGUUACUAUAACAAAGCCUGCUGUCAUAGUGAGCCGGCCUCCUGUAGUCACAUAUUCAAGGAUGUCAUUUCAGCCAGGUCACAUUGAACGAAGAUACAUUGAGGUGCCAUUUGGUUCUACUUGGGUUGAGGCUACCAUGCGAACAUCUGAGUUUGACACAACACGGAGAUUCUAUGUUGACACAGUUCAGCUUUGUCCCUUGCAAAGGCCCAUCAAAUGGGAGAGCGCGGUAAUGUUUUCUUCUCCAGCUGCCAAAAGCUUUGCCUUCCCUGUGGUUGGUGGUCACACGAUGGAAUUAACAGUAGCUCAGUUUUGGUCUAGUGGAAUUGGGAGCAAUGAAGCUACUUCAGUGGAUUUUGAGAUCGUGUUCCAUGGGAUUGACAUCAACAAAGAGGAAGUGAUACUUGAUGGCAGUGAGGCACCAGUUAGAAUAGAUGCUGAGGCUCUGCUUGCGUUGGAGGAACUUGCUCCUGUUGCCACCCUCAAUAAGAUGAGGGUUCCAUAUCGACCUGUUGAGUCAAAGCUUCGUGCUCUCCCAUCAAUGCGAGACAAACUACCCUCAGGGAAACAGAUAUUGGCUCUGACAUUGACUUAUAAAUUCAAAUUAGAAGAUGGAGCAGAACUAAAACCUUAUAUUCCUUUACUCAACAAUCGAAUAUAUGAUACCAAGUUUGAGUCGCAGUUCUAUAUGAUAUGGGAUGUGAACAAGCGUGUACAUGCCUUGGGAGAUGUCUACCCAAAAUCUUCAAAGCUGCCCAAGGGUGAAUACACUUUACAGCUGUAUCUAAGGCAUGAUGAUGUGCAAUAUUUGGAAAAAAUGAAGCACUUGGUGCUGUUUAUGGAGAGAAAUCUAGAGGAAAAGGAUGUCAUGCGACUGAACUUUUUCUCUCAACCUGAUGGCCCUGUAAUGGGAAAUGGCUCGUAUAACUCUUCAGUUUUGAUCCCUGGGAAGAAGGAAGCCAUCUAUUUGGGCCCACCAACCAAGGACAAGCUCCCAAAGAAUUCUCAACCUGGGUCUGUGUUGGUCGGAGCAAUAUCUUAUGGAAAGGUAUCAAAUGCUGGUCAAGAUAAUGGAAAGAGUCCAUCAAAGAACCCUGCAUCCUACCAAAUCUCUUACAUAGUGCCACCCAAUAAGGUUGAAGAAGAGAAGGGGAAAGUUUCUUCAUCAAGGUGCACAAAAUCUGUCUCCGAACGCCUACAAGAAGAGGUUCGAGAUGCAAAGAUAAAGUUUCUGGGAACUCUGAAACACGGGAAUGAUGAAGAGAAGUUGGAGUGGAAGAACUUACUUACUCAACUGAAGUCGGAGUACCCAAAACACACGCCACUGCUUGCCAGGAUCUUGGAAUAUUUACUCUCUCAGAGUGAUGUGAAGGACAAAAUCCACCACAAUAGGAAGAUCAUUGAUGGAGCCGACGAAGUUAUCAAUAGCAUUGACAGAGAUGAGUUAGCAAAAUAUUUUGCAUUCAAAAGUGAUCCAGAGGAUGAGGAUGCAGAGAAUAUUAAGAAGAAGAUGGAGACUACACGUGAUCAAUUAGCAGAAGCUCUUUACCAGAAGGGGUUAGCAGUAGCAGAAAUUGAGUUCGUCAGUCAAGAGAAGGCUUCAGCAAAAGCUACAACUGAGGGCUCAGAAGAUGUGGAUGCAAGUGGUGACGUACCUGUUCAGACGCCUGGUGUCCCACCCAAUCUCUUUGAAGAAAAUUUUGCGGAAUUGAAGAAAUGGGUUGAUGUGAAGUCCUCUAAGUACGGUACUCUCUUGGUCAUUCGUGAGCAACGCCAUGGAAGGCUGGGAACAGCGCUGAAGGUACUGAAUGAUAUGAUUCAAGAAGACGGUGACCCUCCGAAGAGGAAGCUGUUUGAACUAAAGCUGACUUUGGUCGAGGAGAUUGGAUGGAGUCACCUGUUAAGGUAUGAGAGAGAAUGGAUGCAUGUACGAUUCCCGGCAUGCUUGCCAUUGUUUUAAGGAUAUUUUAGUUUGUAUGUAUUCAGCGAUAAACUGUGUACGCAAAUAAAGCGUCUAAUCCACAAGGUGGGUGCUUAUGAUUUCCCGUUUACACUCUUUUCAGAAA